GUCUCCUUUUCUCCGCCUCAGUUUGGGGCGGGUCCGGGGAAUGGAGAUGGAGUCGUCUCUUGAGGCAAGCUUCUCGUCUAGCGGUGCGGUGUCAGGGGCUUCAGUAUUUCUGCCUCCGGCUCGCUCCCGUAUCUUCAAGAUAAUCGUGAUCGGUGACUCCAACGUGGGCAAGACGUGCCUAACCUACCGCUUCUGCGCCGGCCGUUUCCCCGACCGCACCGAGGCUACUAUCGGGGUGGAUUUCCGAGAACGUGCGGUGGAGAUAGAUGGGGAGCGCAUCAAGAUCCAGUUAUGGGACACAGCAGGACAAGAACGAUUUAGAAAGAGCAUGGUACAGCAUUAUUACAGAAAUGUCCAUGCCGUUGUCUUCGUGUAUGAUAUGACUAAUAUGGCUAGUUUUCAUAGCCUGCCAUCUUGGAUAGAAGAAUGCAAACAACAUUUGCUAGCCAGUGACAUACCACGGAUUCUAGUUGGAAAUAAAUGUGACUUGAGAAGUGCCAUUCAGGUACCUACAGACUUGGCACAAAAAUUUGCUGACACACACAGUAUGCCUUUGUUUGAAACCUCUGCGAAAAACCCCAAUGAUAAUGACCACGUGGAAGCUAUAUUUAUGACCUUGGCUCAUAAACUUAAGAGCCACAAACCAUUAAUGCUUAGUCAACCCCCUGAUAACGGAAUUAUUCUGAAGCCUGAACCAAAGCCUGCAAUGACAUGCUGGUGCUAA